GGUUUCUUUCCUAAACCCUUGUAUUUGCUUUUUUUUUCAUCGUAUAACAGGGAAUAAGAAAAUUUUUCCAAAAAUAAAGGAAAAAGCCUUGCAUGUACAUAGAAUUAAGUAAUUAAAGCAUUUUCGCUGAAUAACUAUAUGCCUGUAACACAUUAUCCUUUUUGAAAGAAGUGAAUUGUCCUUUCGAACAUAAACGAUUCAUAUCUGGAUUCAUAUUCCAUCGUUGUUAAUCUUUUUGAAUAUUAUUCUUUCUCCAUUUAAUGGAAAUUGUGCAUGGCGCUUUGCGUUCACUCUUUUAGGUCGACAACAAUUGAUACAGCGAUAUCAAGCCAGUUCUUUUCUUCUGAACCAUCUUUGAUCCUUGUUCAAAAUCUGAACAUUAAUAUUUAUCGCAUAACAGAUAAAAAUGACUUAGAUAUUUUUACUACUAUUCCCUUAUGGUAUGCAGUAAGGCAUUUACAGACCUAUCGACCUCCCGGUCUUAGUCGGGAUUAUCUUUUUGUUGUUUUACAGGAUGAUACGUAUUUUACUCUUUACUGGGACGAAGACUUUCAGAAAGUAAAUGUAGAUCAUCCUCCUCUACGCUAUCGGGUAUCAUUUCCUUGGUGUCGUUUCGCCAAAAGCUAUUGUCUGGUGGAUAAGAGAAUGCGCAUGAUUUUCCUAAGUAUAGAUGAAGCCUUCAUGCUAUGCAUAAAUGUCUUGUCCGCUGAAGAGAGACAAAAAUCUGGUAAUUCCAUUGAUGAUGGCUUCCCCAUCUCUUUUCCAGUUCACCUUAUAUAUGACAUUUGUCUGUUAAACUAUCCAAAGAUUCCGACUUUAGUUGUUUUACAUAGUGAAGGUAUUGAAUCUGCUAUAACAGCUUUUCCCAUCGACGUGGAGUCAAAAAAUUUAGAGAAUGGAAUUCGCCUCUUUGAGUCUGUUUUACCUUCCAAAAUUCUCCCUUUUGGAAAAAGAGGAUUACUAGUAUUAGAUAAAAGAUCCAUCCAUUGCUUUUAUCGUGGUGGAAUAGUUACCAUUGAGUCACCGCCCACAGUGUAUAAUCAUUGGGUUUCUCUUGAAGGUUAUGAAAACCAUUUCAUUGUGUCCGAUAUAAAUGGUAAUUUUUAUGCAAUUUAUUCGAGCAUUUUGGCCGGGAAACUAUGGAAUUUGACCUUUGAAAAGCUGGAAAUAUCACCCGUUACUUGCAUAACGAGUUUGGUCUCGCUCAAUGAUUCCCUUUUAUUUAUUGGUAGUCAUGGAAAUUGUUCGAAACUUAUUUCUCUUCGAGAUCUUAGUGAUAUCUUUGUCUUACCAAGUUUAGGACCUAUUCAUGAUAUAAAUAUAUACUCAAACGAUCAGAGUCAAGGUAUGCUUGUAUGUGCUGGGACAUUUUAUAAUGCGUCUUUGUUGUACUAUAAACACGCUUUGUCUAUGAAAGUUCUCGGAUUUUAUGAAUGUUCUGGUAUCGUCCGCAUCAUGGUUCUCUCUUCGCAUCCGGUUGAUAAAUUGUUCAUUGUCUUUGUCGAUGAAACUUUUGUCUUUGAUCUAAAAGAAGGUCUACAUUUAGAAUUCGUUCCUGAGAUGUCAAUAAAGGAAAGAACGAUCGCGCUAUCAGGAACCGACAAUCAAUUUAUCCAGGUAACCUCAAGAUCUUUACGUAUUUAUGAUUCUACGAACUUACCAAAAGCAAUACAUUUGGAGAAAAUUACAAAUGCCUCUUGUUAUCAAGAUUACUCUGCAAUUGUCAUAGGCGGAUUGGAACUUGUUAUUUUUCAGAAAGACACUGAAAUAUCUCGAACUAAAUUUGAUAGUGAAAUUAGCUGCCUAGAAAUGGCCAGUGAAUCAAAAAUUGCUAUUGGUUUUUGGUCUAAAGAGGUUCUAAUUUAUAGCUUUAUGAUAAAUUCUAAAUCCGGACGCGUUUUCAAGUCGAAAAUUUCCUCCUUGCCUAGAAAUGUUAUAUUGGAACAUUUAGACCCUGAAAUGAGUCUCUUCCUUGUUUCCUACGGCGAUGGAUUUUUAGUUUCAUAUGUCCUAUCUAAAAAUGACUUGAUUUUUACUGAGGUAAAGAAACUGGGAACUACCCCAAUUAUAUUCUCUCGGUUGAGUGUGCAUGUUGGAACUUACAUAAUUUGUAAUAAUGAUCAGCCUCAUAUGGUUUACGGAUUUAAUGGGACUCUUGGAUAUAUGCCGUUAAAUAUGCCUGUUUCUUACGAUGUGUGCCAGUUUUCUAUAAAAUUAGGUACUAACGGGAUCGUUGCGGUCUCUUCAAAAGGAAUUUCCUUUUUAGAACUGGAUUCAAGUCCUCAUUUGUAUGCGAGUAAGUUUCCCUUGAGUCAGGUUCCUUUACGGGCAGUAAUGUUAGACGAAAUACUGAUAACCAUAAAUCUCCAUCCACACUCUGAAGGUACGGAUGGUUUUACCGAAAAGUAUUCGUUGUCAUUACUAGAUUUUUUUAGCGGUAAACAACUUGAAAAGUAUGAUUUUCCCCUGCAAAACCGAUGUGAAGAAAUACUGAGGAUAGACAAGGAAACGGUAAUUGUUGCUAUUAAUAACUAUCAACCACAUGAUUUAUUUCCGUUGAAUGGAAAGUUGUUGCUGUACCGGUUUAUACCUAAACUGACUAUACUCAACUGUAUUAAUACUUUCCAGGUUGCUGCUGCUGUUAGCUGUCUAGCAGUGUAUGAAAGAGGUUUCAUUGCUUCUUUUGGACAGUUCGUUGGUUUUUUUGAUAUUAUAAAUGGAAAAAUGGAACUGAAAAAAAAAUUUUGUGUUGGCAAUUUGAUAUCCCAAAUAAUUAUUGACGAAGAAAAAAAUAUUCUAGUCGGGGACGUUGUUGGUUUUAUUACAGUUUUAAGACUGGAAAACAGAAAUUUCGCAAUGUACACAAGAUACUACCUUGGCGAACGUGUAAUUAAUGCUCUUUGCUUUGAGAAAAAUAAAUACAUCUUUGCAUCCGAUAGCGGGAUAUUACACAUUUUAAGAUUGGAUAAUAUAUCACACUCGGAACGACGAAAUGGUCAUUCAAGACUUAUUGCAGAAUCACAAUACCGACUUCACGAUAGGGUAACCAGAUUCUGUUUGAAUACGAUGCCUCAAACUUUUUAUCCGGUUAAAACACUAGAGUCCCGUUUAUAUUUUGGUACAAUAAAAGGUGCCUUUGGAAGUAUAUUUUCCUUAAAUUCCAAUAUUGAUGAAUUUGACGAACUUGCAAAAAAGAUACGACAGCUUGAACUCUCAUACUUGCCGACGGCCGAUUUUGAAAGUAUUGAAGAGGAAGAAUCCAAUGAGAUUCCGUUUGUAAAUGGAGAUAUCAUUACUGACACAAGAAACUGGUCUUCAACCCAGAUAAUUCGAUUGUGUCGACUUUUGGAACAUGUUGAACAUCUUAAUUCUCAUGAGAAAGUACGAAUGCUGCUGGAUGAAGUACAGCUUUUGUCAUGAAUAUGAUAUAAUUUCAGUCUUAAUUUGCUAUUCUAGAUAAGUGAAAUUGAGCCUACGGUAGUUAUGAUGAAGGACGAUAAUUCCUGUUUAUUAAUGCAUAAACGCGAAUCAAUGAUUGAGAAAUUUGCGUCGAAAACCUAUCUUAGGUAAAAAAACCAGCAAUGAAUAUUUGUGACAUGAGUUAAUCAUUUACUUUCAUCGGGUACUAGCAACUAUUUAUGUUAGAAAACCUUUUGUGAGAACAUGAAGAUGCAUACCAAUGGAAGCCCAUAUUUAACGGUUAAAUUUAAUAUCUUUUCAGUGGCUUGUAUACGAGAUUGGGUUAAGGCAUCCACGAAUACUUGAUUUGUAUGUGAAGAGAAAGAAGAUAUGUCUAUUUGUAUUGUUUUUCUCAUUUUUCUUCCGCCGUUACAUAGAACAAGAAGAAUUCCUGGCCUGUAAAAUGCGUAGACCCUGUUGUCCACAUAUACCAUUUGAGAGAGUUGAGUGCAAAAUUUUGGAUAUUUGGCAACCAAGCGCUGUCGAAGACGAAUAAAUAGUGAGAUACACUCAAACACAAAGUUUGAAGUGUCGUACUUACUUACCCAAAGUCCCUCUCGAUUAUCAGGAUCGUUACCACCGCUGAAUCUCUGUUCUUGGCCAUAGUAUAUCACAGGUAUACCAUCCGAAAAGAUGGUGGCAGCAAGAGCAUUUAACGCCAACUAAAGAGUGUUAAUCAUACUAUAUUAAAUAUUUUGUGCGAGUAAAUACUAGGUUAACUGAUGACUUACAGCAUUAUCUUGCGUUUGAGAAAAGAAUCUGGGCACAUCGUGGUUUUCAAGAAAGUUGCAUAGUAUGGUAGUAUCUCUAAAGCUAUGUCUGAUAUCCAAGACACCUUUUUGAUAGUACUCAAGCAUGGGUUUUCUGGGCGAUGAAAAGGCUUCGCGCAAUUGAUAGUAAAAAGGAAAGUUUAUGAUCGAAGGCAUAUAAUUUUGAUAAAUCCCUGCGUAUUUUGGAUUACCAUGGAAAAUCUCGCCUGUUGUGAAGACAUUCGCUGUUUCAAUGAAUGAGGGAUAGAAGGAUUUCUCAACAUGUUUAGCAGUGUCUAUUCUUAUACCGUCAAACUUAUAAGUGUUGAUCAAAUCACUAAUCCAUUUUUUAAAGAAUUUGCGUACACUGGGCUUUUCUGUUUUAAUGUCAGGUAAGUUCACACAAUUAUCACCAAGCCAUCCUUUAACGACCUCCUCUUGAUUAUUAUAAUCCUGAAUGUACUUCCAUGGGUGGAAAUCGUUAGCUUGGUUGAAUGGCUUGAAUUGCGUGUAGUCAAUCGCCUGCGUUCCAGCAUGUCCCAUAUGGUUGACAACGAUAUCAAUCAUACAUAGCAUUCCACGUUUAUGAAGGCUGUUGACUAAAUCUUUAAGGUCUUGAGAACUACCAAAAUGAUUAUUCAAUUCUGUAAAGUCCUGCGCCCAAUAGCCAUGGUAAGCUUCUCCAUAACCUGUUUGACUUUCGAUAUUUUUGACGAUGGGACUAAUCCAUACCGCUGUACAACCAAGUGAUUGAAUAUAGUCAAGCUUUUUUAUUAUACCCCUCCAAGUUCCUCCCAAGUAUUUUCUUCCUUGAGAUGGAUGUUCGAAAUCAUCUUCAUCCCUGGCAAAACGAUCAGUAAGCAGCUGAUAUAUUACUUGUUUUCUCCAUAAGUCGUUGUAUUCCUUUUCUUUUAUAAAAACUUGUUUCUGAUAGAAGCAACAAGCCAUUGCAUACCCCAACGGAAAAUUAUACAGGAGCGUCCAAAAGGUGAAUUAAGCGUUGCUGCUUAAUAGUUGAAAUUUGAAAUAAGCCUUAAGGGAGGCAGACAAGGAAGAGGUAUGAUACUCGGAGGCUAUGACUCACAGACUAUCAGAUUUCUGAACUCUGAAUUGGUAAAUAUUGGUUCUAUCUAUGAUGACUAUGUUGCAUAUAAAAUAAUAUAUUUAUGUUUACAGUCUUCUCAUUCUGUUUUGUUUGUCCUAUAUUCUCGUAAAUAUAAACAAACAUUAAAAUGGCUGACAAUUUCAAGUAUAACAAAUAUAAAGGGGAA